AUGACCUUCAACAUCGUAUUCCAAGACGGUACCUAUGACGACAACAUAGUCGGCAAAAGGAAGGCCUCCAAGACCUGUAAUGCCGAGUACCAGUUUCACUCCCCGGUGGAUAGCGACAGUGGAUCCCAAAGCCUACGUACCGGCUCGUCCUGCAGCACUUCGUACGAGUCUGCCGUGGAGGAGGAGUACGAAGACGAUAGAAAGAGCAAGAAGCCUGGCUGCAAGGACAGCUGGACCCAGACGCCCUCGCGGCCUCGUUGCCAGUCACGAGGCGUACAGGUGGUACAGCCGACAUGCGACGCUGAGUCUCAGACUGAAGGAUGGGACCCUGACCAGAUAACCGAGCUGGAGCUACUGCUGAGGAAACGAGACGCCGAAAUUUUUGAACUCCAAGAGAGGCUGGCAUCUAUUCAGGAAGAGCAUGCCCGCGAGAUACAGGAGCUUCAUCUCAAGUUUGAGAUGCGGCAGAACGAGUCACUAGUACCAGCAUUACAGGAUGAGAUGGCAAAGGACGGUCGGAAAGUGUUGUUUGUUGUGGAUAACUGCCCCGGUCACGGAAAAAUCGACAACUUGGCGGCUGUUAGGCUGGAGUUCCUGCCGGCGAACAUGACGUCCGUUCUCCAGCCAAUGGAUCAGGGAGUCAUUGAGAUUGCCCGCAAGUAUUAUAGGAAGAGCCUGCUGCACCGAAUUCUGCUGUCAUACGACAAUGGGAAAAGUAUGAAAUCGAUCUGCUGGGUGCAAUCAAUCUGA